CGCAAUAGCAGUCGGAGUCUUUGAAGUACAGCAAAGAAGUGAAAUCCAUUGAGAAUAGUCUGUAAAGGUUACGUUUGGCCUCAAGUGACUUCACUAGCUGUGUAAGCGGUGUCAGGUUGGGUUACGCCUUUUAGCAGAUCCUGAAUAUUGGAAUUGAUCAUGUCGUUCCGAUUUGGACAACACCUCAUCAAGCCCUCGUUUGUGUUUCUGAAGACCGAACUGUCCUUUGCGCUUGUAAACAGGAAGCCAGUGGUCCCUGGGCAUAUCCUUGUUUGCCCACUCCGGCCCGUGGAGCGUUUCCGCGAUCUGUGUCCUGAAGAAGUGGCUGAUUUAUUUCAAACGACACAAAUGGUUGGAAAUGUGGUGGAGAAACAUUUCUGUGGCACUUCACUCACCAUUUCGAUUCAGGAUGGUCCUGAAGCUGGGCAGACUGUGAAGCACGUUCAUGUCCAUGUACUUCCAAGGAAGGUUGGAGACUUCAGCAGAAAUGACAGUGUCUAUGAUGAGCUGGAGCAUCACGACAAAGGAGAAGAGGACACCCCUGUGAAGUGGAGGUCUGAGGAUGAAAUGGCAGCCGAAGCAGCAAGCCUGAGGAAAUAUUUUCAGUGAAAUCCGAGGUGAGACAAUCUGGAACAAAUCCUGGAGCAUAAGAAAACCAAAAAAGGGACUAAUUCGCCAGUGCUCUGUGACAUUGGACCUGCAGCUAACCAGCUUAGAUGACAUUCUACAAACAAUGGCUUCAUCCAUGAAACACUUUAUUGUACUGUUGGAUAUCGGCGGGGUUGAAUUUCACCUAAGACGACUGACAGACUGGAUUCAACACAAGCUUUUGCAUAAUGGCUCAGAUUUUUGAAUGAUGUACUUGGGAGUGAAUCUUUUAAAAUUGGCCCUGGGCCUAAACUGAAAUUAAACUAGCAGCAAUA